UACAGCAGCUAGAUAUCACCGCAGUGCAGUGCAGCAGCCAACCAGCAACCAGCUAGCCAACAGCUACUCUCACAGAAAUAUGGAUGAGACGAUGUUACAAGUCAACGGCUGUCAGACUGACCCCCUCUGCAUGGGCCCAUAAACAUGUCCACAGAUGACAGUAUCUCUGAGGAUGUGUCCAGCUCGGGGGCUUUGAGCCAUUGCCAUGCCAGUGCUGACGGGGAUGGGGGUAAGGAGAGCGAGACCUCUCUGGUGUCCUCUGAGGGGACAUCAGCCUCGGGGCUGGCUGUGUCAGAGGGCAGACACACAACCUCCCAAACAACAGGAGGCACUGUGGAGAGCCGGCCCAUGGACAUCACACCAGCAUGCAACAAGAUCAGGAGUCUGUGUCUGAGCACAGACGAAGCGUUUGAACAAGGGAAGAACCUCCCGUUCAUCAACCCGAGCUCCCUGGAGACCCUUAGAGCCCUGGUGCAGGAGAUCCAGAGCAGCGGAGAGACAGAUCCUGAGAUCUGGAAGGACUGUGAGGGUCGAUGGUUGCAUCUGUUUCAGCUGGUCGAGAAGCAAUAUCAAGAGCAAAUACUCGCUCAGCAAGAACAAUACCAGUGCCAAAUACAGUUGAUUCAGGAUGAAAUUAAGGCCCUGGUUCAGCUCCAGAACCGGCAGGGCAGCAUCCAGCCAAACGCAGAGUUCUCUCCGACUGCCGUGACCAAAACUUCCACCGACACAAAGGACUAUAUCUUCCCCCUCAUCUCCAGUGACUGCGCGGUCCCCAAAAACGUACCCAGUGACAAUGACAGCCUGGCAGCACCCGCACAUACCCCGUUUAGCUCCCCUUCACCUCCGCUCCAGAGAUCGGAGACCGCCAACCAGGGGGAGGAACGGGCGACCACAGUGCUCAGCAGCGGCUACGGGACUCUGUCCGUUUGGGAAACAGGUCUGGAACAGACCGGGUCUCCUGGGGAAGAUGAGGAUGGCGGUCAAGGGAGGGAGAAGCAUCACUGGUCCUCUACCUUCCAGGAAGACACUGAGACCACUACGAUUGGGUGCCAGCAGGAUUUCUUCAACAAGACGACUCUUGAAGUGGAGGAACGUAACCCGUCGGUCUACCAGCAGAGAACAUCUGGCGCCAGCCAGCUUCUGACUUCAUGGGCCCAGAGGCAGAAACUCAGACCCAGGAAGUGUAAAACAGGACAAGCUUCAUCCCAAAUCUCCGAGUACCAGGAGCAGCAACGCAACCCCGGAGAACCCCACAAACAAAACCUCCCGGAGAGCACAGACUCCCAGGACCAGCAUCGAGCGGCUGGGCCGUCGUCCAGCUCUUUUCCCCUGAGGAGGAGCGAUAGUCUGAUGUCUGAGGCAUCAGGCCUGACUUACUGGCGUCUGAACGAGAGUGAUAUGUAUCACCCGCUACCGGACAGCCUUGACAGCGGCGCUUACCUCCUCCUGCAAGAGACCUCCAUGAGUCUUACUCCAUCUCAGGAGCCUCGGCUGUCUCUCAGAGAAAUCUAUCAGAACAAGCAAAGAGCGGACGGUAAACGUUCAGACUGGGAAGGUUCUGUUACUUCCAGCCCUUCGUCACCGCAGGUGUUGACUUUGGACCCUGCAGUGAACAUGCGGCAGUCAGACCGUACCUCCGGCUUCACGUCGCCCUCUCACUUCAGCAGCCCCUCCUUCGCCACCCAGCCUCACCUCUACCCAAGAGUAGGGACCCCCGUGACCCCUGACAGCAUGGCGGAGGGCAGUCCCAACCCUGGAGAUACAGACUGCAUCUCUGAUACCUCCAGUGUUUCGGCUGCCGGACCUUCCCCCUAUAAGGUGCAAAGCUCGUGGGGAAACCCGUCCCCGGCGGUCCUGUCUACCUCCCAGCACCGCUCCCACACAGCCAGCCAGCAACGCAGAGCCAGUGCCCCCUUAGCCAGUGAGGAAGAGGGCAGUCACACCCACACCAGCACUCUGAAGCCUGGUUCAGCCUCUGGUGCUACUCUGGGGCCCGCAGUCAGUCCACACAUGGAGAGAGCUUCAUCACUAGAGGAUCCUGUUGUUCUUUCUCUACUGAGGCAGAACCUGAGAGAGAAACACUCCCGACACGUGGCGGAUCUGAAAGCAUAUUACGAGUCUGAGAUACAAAUCCUACGAGACAAACUCAAACUCAGAGAUCUGCCUCAGGAUUUAGAGAAGAGCAACCAGGCUCUCACAGAGAGGUGCAACCAUCUAGAGAAAGCUCUGGCUGAAGCAACCAAUCAUAUUCAAGAACUAGUGGCAACAAACAGCUCGCUGGAGAAAAAACUGGCAGAAUGGCCGGAGCGGUACGCCGUAGCGGCCGCCACUGUGAAGUCCUUACAGCAACGACUCGAAGAAAGCAAACGCUCGGGCAAAGAGAAGGACGCCGCGGCGGCUCGCUUGAAGACCCGCGUACGACAGCUGGAGGAGGCGGCGCAGAAAGCCGGCAGGGAGUCGGACGAGAAGGAGAACAGGAGGGAGAGAGAGUACAAGAUGCUGCAGGAUCUGCUCGGAGAAUACGACUCUCUGGUGAAGGAGCACGAGGGACUGAAGAGCAACCUGCUGUCAACAGAUGACAAACUUUUCGAUGCCAACGAUCAGAUAUCCGACCUGAAGAGAGUUAUCUCCAAGCUGGAGUCUCAGGUGAAGCAGCUGGAGCACGAGAACCAGGCCAGAGCACGAUACGCUUCCCACAGUAACACGCAACCUUCUGGAGCUGGUCUUUUCCAUCAUCCCGACCUGCUGCUGUCGCCCAGCAAAUGCAAACCAGAGCCGGACGUGACCCGCAGGAAGUCACCUUGCUCUCUCUCUGAUCAGCUACACGGCGGCAGAAAACCAUCAUUCCCUCAAAACAACCAGUCGAGUAAGCACAAGAAGCCGCCGUAUACGUCAAACGAUCAGUCGUCAGGAACCGGGAGCUCUGUGGACACCUCAUCAGGGAGCAGGAGGUGUGCUUCUCCUCCAGAGUGUGAACAGUCUCUGCUCCAGCCCAGACACCAGGAGCAGAGCGCGGGCCAGCGGGACGCCGGAGGUCGGAGGGAGGGAUCCUGCGCUCUGACGCCUAUGAUGAGGGCCCUGAUAGAGCUGGAGGAGACCAGAGCCACAGAGAGCCGGGCCCCCUGUAAGAACAGCUCCAACACCCACAGGGUCGGCCCUCAGAGGACCACAGUCGGGUUUGUGGAGCGGAGACUCAAAGAGCCAAUCCAGGAGCGUGUCGUGCUUCAGGCAGACAGCGAUGUGUCUAAACCUGGAGGAGUCGUGGUGGCUGGAGCUGAGCGAGGAGGAGGAGGAGGAGGAGGAGGAGGAGGAGGAGGAGGAGGAGCGAAAAGUCGUACUGGAGCGGAAAGCGCUGCAGCUCUGCUUAGAGCUCAGAGGAGUCUGUCUCCGGAGGGCCACAGAUCCUCCUCACUGCCUCCUCCAGCACAUCGAAACAUACCCACAGCUACUACGCCCACAAAAAGAGACACUUUACUGAUGCCUCUGUCUGCUAAAUCCAGCCCUAAACGCUGCCCCAGCGAGAACUACUCCACCGCUUUCGGUCACUUGAUGCCGAGAGAAGAACACCUGCACAAAAGGUUUGAUGGAGAAGUUGACCAGCGGCGUCAUUCAUUCCACAGCAGCAGUCCCAAGAAGAGACUCCAGUUCGCGUCAACAGACAGAGACGACGACGUUCAGCAGCUGGAGUCGUCCGCCAGCCUGAUCCCACCUGAUGGAAACUCCCAGCUGGGCUGGGAGGAGCUGGGAGUCUGCGGCGGAUCGUCUGACCUGCAGGACCCGUACGAGGACACGGCCCCCCUUUUCCUGGACAGACUGCAUUCGCUGGCCGAGGCCGAGAAACUGUUCGACGAGCUGACGCAGGAGAAACUGCAGAUCGAGGCAGCUUUGAGCCGGAUGCCCGGGGCGGGCGGUAGAGUGAGCCUACAGACACGGUUAGAUGAGGUGGCCUUAGAGAAUCGUCUGGAGAGGCUGAACCGUGAGCUGGGAUCCAUCCGCAUGACUCUGAAGAGAUUCCACGUCCUCCGCUCCUCCGCUAACAUCUAGCGACAUUUGUCUUUUUUAACGUCAGUGUAGACGCUACAACAACCGUCAGCGUCUGGGUUGUUUUUUUUUUUUUUAAAUACACAGCACUGAUUGUCUCUCCGUCUCUCUCUCUCCGUGUGCCAUAAACCCGUCUGUACAGCGACUCCCACAGCAUCUCUUUUUUAUACGCGUUAUUACUCGGGGAUACUUUUUUAUAUGUCUGAAAGAUAUUGCAAUUUUUCUGGAGUAUAUUUUUAGUAAGACACAGAUUUGUACAGUCGUUUACUUUUUUAGAGUCACAGAAAUAUUAAUAUGAUAUGUUUUACUCGCCAUAUUUCAGGUGUAACAUUUUUUAAAUGUUUCCAGAUUACAUGUGAGCGAUUCCAGCAGAGACAUUCAUCCACUUGGGGAAAUAUCACUGCCAUUUGAGGUUGUUUUUAUUCAUUUGACAUGGCUUAAAAUGUAUUUAUUUAAUGUUUUUAUACUUAAGAGAUUUUGAUUUUGGUGCAUUUUAUGUGUUUUUUUUCUUCUAUAAGUAGGUUGUUACCACUUAUUUUUGGGCCAAAUUAUUAAACUUGAAGGAAAUGUUUGUUUACUUGAAUCAAAUUGCCUUUUUUUGUUUUUUUUCUCCUUUUGUUUACUUUCCAUUCCUACUCGUCACUUUUCUCGCUUUAUGUUUUUUUUGUUCUAAUUGAAGUGAAUUUUAGAUUAGAGCCACUUGUAAAAUCCAGACCAGCACACGUCUUCAGUACUUUCACUCGUUCUCUCUCACAGUGUCAAACCGUCUUCAGCCCGGUUGUUCUUUCUCUUCGAGCGACGCUUGCGCAUGGAAAUUCUUGCACUGCUUCUUUUUUGCCAUGCAGUUUUCCUAACAGGAACUUCACUGGAACUAUAAUAUUGUUGUUGCACAAUAAAUGAAGCUUUUUUUUUU